UAUACCAGGCUGUGAAUGCAGAGUGUUCCAUCCAUUCUCUUGGAAUCUUGGUCUCUGCAGCACUGUUUGUAUACUUCAACAGCUCAAGAAUGUCAAACUUCCCCCCACUCUAGCCACAUUCAACUCCGCAAGUUGUUUGAGAGCACCAGCUGUAGCUCAUCACGAAGAAGAAGUACUGAAAAGCAACUAUAAUUCACAAAGGCAUCUCAGAAUGACACUUCAUGAGGAUCUAGGCCCCAACCUCACGGCGACCGUCCUUGUGACGGGACUGCUUGCCUUCAUCACGAUGGGUAUGCGAGCAUAUGUCAGAAUCACCAAGCAGAGUUGGGCUCUCGAGGACUGGGUUAUGGCAGUAGGAUGCUUGCCUCUCAUGACACUGACCAUCGUCACCACCAUUGGCUCCUAUUAUGGCAUCGGUGCCAAAGACAGUACUUUUGCUAAGCCUGGCAACCAAAAAUACGUCGAGACAGCAUACUUCUGGUUCUUCCUCUAUGAGGUCUUCUAUUGCACAUCAAUCAUCUUCGUCAAGUUGAGCAUCGCCUUCAUGCUGAACCGGAUAGCUGGCAGGAGGAUGGUUUACAUCUACAUCAACUACGGCAUCAUGGGCCUCUGCGCAGCGACCAAUCUGGGAGCUAUCCUGUAUAUCAUCUUCCAGUGUUGGCCGGUCGAGGCUGCUUGGAGGGCUGAUCUCAUGGCCGAAGGGACUUACUGCCAGCCUCCAGUGUAUCUGCAAAAUGUCUACUUCUUCUGCACUUCGGUCAACAUCUUCACAGACUGGGCUACUGCGCUCAUGCCAAUCGCUCUACUCUGGAAUGUGCAAAUGAACAGGAACACUAAGAUCUCAGUCGGCGGCAUCCUGAGCUUGGGGAUUUUCACAUCUAUCUCAGGCUUAGUCCGCCUGAAGUACACCGUUGGCCUGACGAGCAGCCACGACUAUCUUUACGGCCUCGCCAACAUCCUCAUCUGGGGUUACGCCGAACCCGCCCUCGGUAUGCUUGUCGGCAACAUCGCAACCCUCCGCCCACUCUUCCAGCGCCUACUACACCUCGGCUCAAGCGGCUCUUACCAGCCUCGCUCGGGCACACCCCACGGUCUCAGCAACCCGGAUCGCUCCCACCGCUACAAGCCUUUCGACCACGAACUCGAGCUCGGCACGGUCGCGGACAACCAGGAGACGCAUAUGCCGACGAUCAAGGUUCAUGCGGGACGCGUUAGUGUAUCGAGCGAUAGCGAGAGUCAGAAGGAAAUUUUGGAGAAGAACGAUCAGUUUCUGAGUAACAACAAGGAUAGUAUUGUUGUUAGUCGGCAUGUGGAGAUCAGCCGCUCGUAGAGACGGCUAGUUGAUUAUUUGAGUGUCGCGUGAGGAGAGCCAGUACGACAGGUUCAUGACUGUAUUAUAUUGUUCAUAUACCAUGUCUCUCGUUAUGAUCGGAGGAAUGUGAGUGUACUUAUCCUGGAAUUUCUACGUCAUCAGCUUUAACGUAGGCACUCACUCCAUUCUGGAAAGUUCCUUCACUAUUUCAAAAGGAUAUGUAUCUCGUAUUCCAUCUCGUGUAUUACGACGACUCCCAAAGACAGUGGCCAUGGAGUUGAG